CUUUUAACGAAAACGUAAGACAAAGAACUACAACCGAGAAAGGUGACAAAUAACGGUUUAUUGUUGAGGAAGUUUUUAUAGGCAUUAUAAGAAAACUAAAAUCUAUGGCUUUUGAUGCGAACAGGUUGUGGACUCGCCAACCAAUGUGGCGUGCUAACAUCUUGAAGGCGUUGUUCGCCUGUUUGUGCAUAUGCGAGAUGUGUGGGGCCGACUGUGGCGAAAACCCGCUAGAUCAGGUCCAGCGUUUCGGUUGGAAAAUGAACAAGUUCUUGGAUCUUCUGAAACUGCACAAGCCGAACGAGCACGUUCGCCUCAUGCAGCUUUACAGGGAGUAUGAGGAUUGUGUUAGGGCCGUCCACACGGGCUACUAUAAGCGAUCUGAUGACACACUCGACGCCCCUAAAUCACCUACGCUUGAUAAAGUGGGUCGCGGUCAGCCCUUUGUCGUAGCAAGCCUUGGUGAUGUAGUGGACAUGGGGCUGAGGGAGCUGUUGGUACCCGGCUCGGCCAAAAGCAAUGCCUACUCCUGGGGGGACCAAGCAACACUAUCGUUCAGGACCCAACUGGCGAAGGACUAUUUGCUAUACAACACCCCUGAAAAUCAGAUCAACGACAUGUCCUUAUUUGUAAAACGGCUGUUACCGAACGGUUACAACGGUAAUUUUGGUAGUGAGGCACGGCUUUUGGAUGGAACUGAUGACACAGAUUUAUGA